AUAUGGGCAGAAGGACAUCAAUCAAAUACUCACAACCAUGGGGCACCAGGCGCAGCACGCCACGGACGACACCGAGGAGCUGCUGGCAGCGCACCGCGAGCUGUGGUGCCAUGCCCUGGGCUACGUCAAGUCCAUGGCGCUCAAAUGCGCCUUGGACCUGCGCAUCCCCGACAUCAUCCAACGCUGCGGCGGAAGCGCCACACUAGGCCAGCUGCUCGCCGCCAGCGAGGUCCCGGCGUCCAACCUCGGCUACCUUCGACGGGUCAUGCGCACGCUGACAGCCAUGCGCAUCUUCGCGGUCGUCGGCCACGGUCACGGUCCCGACAAGGCCGACGACCCUGCAGACGACGACGCGACCGCCGUCUCCUACCGGCUCACCCCGGCGUCCCGCCUGCUCGCCACCAGCGACGACGACGACGACGCCUCGAAGAAUAAUCUGAGCAUACAUCCCAACAUCUCCAGCCACGUCCGUCCCAAAAACGUCUCCCUCCUGUUCAGCAUGGCCGAGUGGAUGAAGGACGAGCAGGCGCUCUCCGUGUCGCUCUACGAGACGGUGAACCGCAAGUGCAUGUGGGCGUGCGUAGAAGACGACGCCGCGACCAGAGCCUGCUUCUACGAAAGCAUGGACGCCGACACCCGCCUCGUCAUGCAGGCCGUGAUCCGCAAGUGCCCUGCCGUCUUCGACGACGGCCUCACGUCGCUCGUCGACGUCGGCGGCGCCCGGGGCACGGCCGCUGCGGCCGUCGUCGCCGCCUUCCCGCACAUCCAGAAGUGCACCGUCAUGGACCUCCCCCACAUCGUCGCCGAGGCUCCCGCCGGCACCGGACUGUGCUUCCACGGCGGCGACAUGUUUGAGCACAUCCCGUCGGCUGAUGCAGUUAUGCUCAAGUGGAUUCUGCACGACUGGGAUGACGACAAGUGCGUCAAGAUAAUGGAGCGCUGCAAGGAAGCGAUCAGUGGCAAGGAAGGGAGAGGAGGGAAGGUGAUUAUAAUAGAAACAGUGCUUGGAUCUCGGCCAGACGACGACGCGACAUGCAAGGAGACGUAUGUCUUGGAUCUCCAAAUACUGAGCUUCGUGAACGGAGCCGAGCGAGAGGAGCACGAGUGGAGGAGGAUCUUCCUAGCUGCUGGAUUCCGUGACUACAAGAUCACGCACACUCGUGGUAUCCCGUCGAUCAUCGAGGUCUUCCCAUGA